AUGACCCGAGUUUGGGCACGGGAGCUAGCAGAGUAUGCGACCGUGAAUGCCAUCAACCCGGGCCCAGUCAUGGCCGACAUGUAUAUGUCCGCACCAGACGAGGUAAAGCAAGGCCUCGCAUUAUGGAACCCUCUGAUACCAUUGGUGGCUGUUCGUGACCACGACAGCGAGGAAGCGAAGGAGCUGGGUAAAACAUUCGGGCGUCUUCCCAGAAUACCCCGUUGUAACGUCAGGUUGGGCACCGCAGGGGCCCUUAACGGAGAGCCCACCUGGGUAUAA